CCCCAGUGUCCCGGAUGUAGCCGUCGCCGCUCCUGCGCACUCCCGAGCCGUACGAGGUUUGUUUAUCUGCGGCCUGCGCCGCCCGGAGAGCAGCCAUAACAGCACCGUAUCAUCGCCGACACCUCGCUACCGCCUCCAGGGCCCGGACUGCCAGCGGACUAGGCCGAGAGCCUCACUGUGCCAGGUUGGUGCAGAGUUUAAUUAUUGAAGAGUUUUGUAAAGGAAUUAAAACUGGAUUCUAUUGACAACAUGUCGAUUACGAACACGCCCACAAGCAAUGAUGCCUGCCUAAGCAUCGUCCACAGCUUGAUGUGCCAUCGGCAGGGAGGGGAGAGUGAGACUUUUGCUAAACGAGCAAUUGAAAGUCUUGUAAAGAAACUAAAAGAGAAGAAAGAUGAAUUGGACUCAUUGAUUACAGCAAUCACUACAAAUGGCGCUCAUCCCAGCAAAUGUGUCACCAUUCAACGAACUUUAGAUGGCCGGCUUCAGGUGGCUGGCAGGAAAGGCUUCCCUCAUGUAAUUUAUGCUCGUCUCUGGCGUUGGCCAGAUCUUCACAAGAAUGAACUGAAGCAUGUUAAAUACUGUCAGUAUGCAUUUGAUCUCAAGUGCGACAGUGUCUGUGUGAAUCCCUAUCACUACGAAAGGGUUGUGUCUCCUGGAAUAGAUCUUUCUGGGCUGACAUUGCAGAGUUCAGCUCCGUCUUGCCUGCAAGUGAAGGAUGAAUAUGGCCAUGACUAUGUUGAAGCUCAACAGUCAAUAACAACCCCAGAUGGACAUUCAAUUCAGACCAUCCAGCAUCCCCCCAGCAAUAGAUCAACUAGUGAUAAUUACAGCAAUUCUGCACUGCUGGGGUCCAGUGAGCCCACCACACCCAAUGCCAACAGUUUCUCCAGCAUUCCUGUUGCUUCAACAAGUCAGCCUGCUAGUUUAUUGGCAGCAGCUCACAGCGAUGGCCUUUUGCAGAUUGCGUCUGUGCCUUCCCAAGGGACCCAGCAAAAUGGCUUCAAUGCUCCUCCUGCGACAUACCAUCACAACAGUACCACAACCUGGAGUGGAAGUAGGACAGGACCUUACACACCUAAUAUGUCUCACCACCAGAACGGACAUCUUCAGCAUCAUCCACCCAUGCCCCAUCCUGGACAUUACUGGCCAGUGCAUAAUGAACUUGCAUUCCAGCCUCCCAUUUCAAAUCAUCCUGCUCCUGAGUAUUGGUGUUCCAUUGCUUACUUUGAAAUGGACGUUCAAGUGGGAGAGACCUUUAAAGUUCCUUCAAGUUGCCCUAUUGUCACGGUUGAUGGCUACGUGGAUCCAUCUGGAGGUGAUCGGUUUUGCUUAGGUCAACUUUCCAACGUGCAUAGAACAGAAGCCAUUGAGCGUGCAAGGUUACACAUAGGAAAAGGUGUUCAGCUGGAGUGUAAGGGUGAAGGAGAUGUCUGGGUUCGAUGCCUCAGUGACCAUGCUGUGUUUGUUCAGAGUUACUACUUGGAUAGGGAAGCAGGCCGUGCUCCUGGGGAUGCUGUGCACAAGAUCUAUCCAAGUGCUUAUAUAAAGGUGUUUGAUUUACGUCAGUGCCAUCGACAGAUGCAGCAGCAGGCAGCAACAGCACAGGCAGCAGCCGCCGCACAAGCAGCUGCAGUAGCCGGGAAUAUACCAGGGCCAGGAUCUGUUGGCGGAAUUGCCCCAGCCAUUAGUCUUUCAGCCGCUGCAGGAAUUGGCGUAGAUGAUCUCCGCAGGCUGUGCAUCUUGCGUAUGAGUUUUGUUAAGGGAUGGGGCCCUGAUUACCCCAGACAGAGUAUUAAGGAGACUCCCUGUUGGAUUGAAAUUCACUUGCAUCGUGCUCUCCAGCUUCUGGAUGAAGUCCUUCACACUAUGCCAAUUGCAGACCCACAGCCUUUGGACUGAUCUCCCCUCCUUACUGGACACCAUCACUAAUGUAAAUAAUACAUUUUCAGAAAGGAAGACUGCAAUUAUGUUUGUAAUCAUAACAAUACCCACAUAUCUUCUACUUUAAAUUUGGGUGUAAUUAAAAUGUUUCCUUGCUUUAUAGUAAAGUGUUUUAUGAUUUUUUUUUAUUUUAUUUUUUUAAUAAACGGUUUUCUUUUAUCCCUGACAAAAUGUAACUUACUGUAACUUAAAAUUCAUAAUUAUUAGGAGUAAAAUGGUCUUAAUUUAGAGGUGCUCCUCUAUUUCAUUACUCACUGACCCAAGAAUGUUAAUUUUUUAAAUUGGCCCAUGGUUAUUGCCUUAACUCACUUAAAUGUAAUCCUUCCUAAAUAAUUGUGUGGGAGAGUAGCCAAGAUGGAGGUCUAAGGUUUGAAGCUUCCUCUACCACCCAACUGUCUUAUACAUAACAUUUAAAUGGAUGUAUAUAGCUCUUGCAUGCUACAGUAUGUAUAUAAGGAGAGUUACAAAGGGCUUUUUUAAGCUACCUGAUUGAUUGGGCAAUGAUACAUUGCACUGCAAGAAUUUGGGGACCAUCCCGGAAAUUGAAAUAAUUUUGUUGCAAAUAAUGUGUUGCUGACUAAGCAUUUCUUGUGGUAUAAUGCAGAUUACUCGGCGACAGGAUCUUAUUUGAAAGUUAUUAUAAAACAAACAAAACACUAAUGUUGGCAAGGAAAUUAUUUUUGCCCUGUGUUAAGGUGCACCUGUCGUGCAAAGGUGACAUGGUGACAUUGGGGUAUAAUGCAUUCCAUUUAUUACCCGUUUGGCUAGUACAAUUGGUAGAUUUAACGUAAACAUUACCACAUUUCAGCCAGCUGCAGAAACCAGAUCCAAAUGUAAGUGUAGCAUUAAAAGGGUAAUUAUCAGGACAUAACUUUUGAUAUGUUGUAACAAAAUAAAUAAAAACAAAUAUAUAUAUAUAUUAUGCUACAUUGCAAUGUAGUUGUAAUGACCAUAGCCAUUUAGUAUAAAAGUUAUUAUCAAUCUUGGAUUAAUUAUUGUCACUCAAAUCUGUGCCUCUUGUACCGUUGGCUACCUUGCAGAUGUCUGUUAGUCGGUAUAACCGUUUGCAAAACUGGUGCAGCCUGAUAUACACUGCUAGGUGGUGGUUUGGCGACUCUAGAAUCCUUUAAUUUCACCAAGUCACAUAAUCAAUUAAGGUUGGAUAAAGGAAUAUAAACACAUAGGUUUUAAACUAAAUGUUCCUGACCAUUGCAACAUCUAGCACACAUUGGCUGCAACAUAUCAUAUGUUUGUUGUUUUUGUGUGUUUCUAUUUUUUUUUUCUCCAUGAAAUUUCCACUGUAAUCUAUAAACUUACUUGCAGUUUUGCAAGAACUGUUUAGAUGAAAUAUUAUUUAAAGCAGAUUUUGU